GCAGUUGCAGUUGCUAGGAUACACCAGAAAGUUUCAUUAACGCUCAUCUGAAACAUCACACUUUCACUUUAAAGUUCGUGUUAAAUUGUCACUUUUUUAAAAAGUCAAAACACUGUCCGCUAAUUAACGAGAGUGUUUUAUUUUGAAGGUUAUCACAGGAAAGGUUGGUGUUACAUUUUCGCUAGCUUUCCUAACUUCCAGAGCACACCGUGUACUAGUGCUGCUGCUGCCUUCCAGUGGUGGUCUGCCCUCUACAGCUACUGCUGCAGGGGUUUGUGUCGCAUAUUUCCCUUCAACCUGUCGUUUGUCAGCACCUGGUUGCCUUUGGACGAGGACGGUGAGACGUCCAGCUUUGACUGUAAGAAUUCAUGUGCCUGAGAGUCUGACCCAAGUCUGUUCAAUGGCUACCUCGGGCUCCACCUUUUCUGCCUCCACCACUGCCGUUGUGCCUGAGGGUUUCCAUUAUGAAACCAAGUACAUAGUCCUCAACUACCUGGGAAUGCUGCCUAGAUCGCACACAGUAACUACAGCUCAAGGAGAUGCCCAGAAUGAGAGAGAAAGGACUAGAGUGAUAAAAGGGCAGAUAGAGGAAGAGCUGAGGCAACUGGAAGAUGAAAUCACUGCCUCCUUUUCCACUACAGGCUUCGACCGCCGCUCAUCACUGGUGUUCACUCCGACCAACCCAGAGACCUCUAUCGAAGACUGCCUCGCCGUGAUGGGAGACCGGGUGGCCAAAGAGCUCGACACAUCACUGGCAGCGGCUGUACACACACUCCUCACGGGGCCUCUGGACUACCAGACAUUCAGAGACACAACACUGGCUCUCUCAACACACACACAGGGAGGCUGGAACAAGGUACUUGUGCCUUUGGUGCUACUCCAGGCUUUACAAUAUGAGGGCCAGUCCGUGACAACACUGCUGCACCUGGGGGUGCGCUUGCUAGAGGAGGAUGAAGCUGACUACAUUAUUCAGCAAGGGGGAUGGGGUGAAAUAUUCAGCCUUGAGUCAGAGGACGAGAGAGGCGUGACCAUCGCCGAAGACAGCAACGACAUCUACAUCCUCUCAGGAGAGCAGCAUCCCGACCAGCUCAGCCCUCCUUCGUCGCUGCUCUGCACUGGAGACAACAGCAGUGAGCAGAGCUCCUGGCAGACAGAAAGCUUACCUGUGUCUCUGGCCGGCCACGAGUCUUGGGCACAGGUCGGUGCGAUGGACCCUGAAGACGUCAAGAGCCUGGACAGCAAUGAGGGCGUGGCUCUGGCCGAGGAGCGCAGCGAAAACAAUUCCUCAAACUCGGACAUUGUCCACGUAGAGCGUGAGGAGGCAGAGCUGCUGGAGGAAGGCGGCGAGGGUGGAGCAAUAGAGGAGAGCAUGAUGAGCGUUUUAGGCACAGAGAGCGAGCUUGCUGAGCUCAGGGAGGAAUUUAGGGACCAGACUCCACCUGUUCCCGUGUCAGCCGAGGCAGACUCCACAGCUCCAGCCUCCCUGAUUUCAUUAGAGGAGCCAGUUGUAAUAGAGACGCCUGUGAGCUUGUCAGCAGAACCCUCCCUCAUCUCCUUAGAAUCAGAGCUGCCUCCCCUGGCCCCAGAAGCUGCUGCCCCCCCUCCUGCUGAGCCAGAAACUGCAGCAUCAUUACCUGUUCCUGCUGUAGAACCAGAACCUGAGCCAGAACCAGCUGCUGCAACCGCACCAGUGCCUGCUGAGGUGGAACCCCCACCUCUAGCCAAGGAAACCCCUACAGCACCAGCAGGGCUUGAAGCCACAUCUGAACCGGCUCCUGAACCAGAACAGGAGCCGGAGCCCGUCGCAGUGCCUCCCCAGCCAGAGGAGCCCCAGCAAGAGCCAGAGCCAGAGACUGUGGCAGAGCCAGCUCUGGCCCCGCAGGCUGCACCCCUGGUCUCAGAGGCUGCAGAGGCCCCUGUAGAAGCCCCAGCCGAGGAGCCUCCAGUGCAGCCGGAGCCGACAUCAGAGCUCCCAGCGCUGCUUUACGGAGGUGCUGCACUGGCAGUCCUCGCUGCUGUAAUGGUAUUAGGUGUCCUAAGCUACAGGAAGAAGUAGGAUAGAAAAGUAUCUUUCUCAGGGGAGGAGAAUGCAAUUUACAAGAUGUUAUGGUAGAAAUAAAUGUAUUAGUAAGCACGUGGUGGGAGCCUCCUUACAGAUUGUGUUGGAUUUAUCAAAUGAGGCUGAUUUUUUUUUUUUUUCUUUUAAUCUGCUAUGCUUUUGAAGGUUUCACCUCAUCCACAACCUUACUGCUGGGGGUUCUCACUGCUUCACUCCACCAGAUACCAACACAGAAGGGGGAAAACAAUGCGCUCCACUGUAUCCCUCAUUUUCUGACUUACUUGGAAACUUUAUGUUUAAAUUCUUAAAACUCCAGCCCUUCAUCUCGUAGACUGGAAAGUGUGUCUCUAUCCUGCUGCUUUCAAUUUCUGUUGUGUCUGUGGCUUAACUGUUUUGGGUUGUUUGUGCCAUUUGAGUCAGUGUUAGCCACAUGGAAAAUAUACUGACAUUGCUGAAGAAAACCUCAAAGCCCACCUUGAGUAUUAGUUUGUCACUUCAGGUUUUCUUGUCCUCUCUCUCUAUGCACCAAAGUGAAAACAAGUUAUAGAUUUCCCUCUAACUGAGAUGAGUAAUUCUGAUACUUCCUCUGAUAAACAAAACAUAUAACAUGGAAUUGAAACCAGUAAUUUGAAUUUUUGUUGUUGCUGUUGCUGUUACUCAGUUUGAAACCACCGAAAACUACUGACAUAUUAGCAACAACAGACAUAUUAGGUUAGACCUCUUUACAUGGAGCAUAUUUUAGUUUAGUUUGUGAAUUGCAACAUUAAAGAUUUUGCCCGAGGAUGAAUUUAGGUAUUUGAAUGUUUCUGAAGAUACAGUACUGCUGCUGCAUUGCACACUUCAGGGUCCAGUCUUACUUUAGCCACCAUCCGAGUAUUCUGAUACUGUGAAGGCUCAAACUAUUUAGCACAGCAGGUCACAGCACCAGGUACUUAUUAUUAUUGCAAUGGACUUUUCCCCAUCUUAUUCAUACAGUAUAAGGUGUCAUAGUUUGGCUACAUCAAAGUCCUUGUGUAAAACUGCAACAUUUGUUUGCAUUUAAGGGGCAAAUGUCAAUCACUGCUUAUGCUUACCAUGCCAAAGUGAGCAGUAUUACUCCAGAUGAAAAUAGAAGCAGGAAUGUGACUGCAACACGUGAAUUCAGUCUUCCCUUUUGAUGAAAGUAUACUUCAUGGUUUAAUUUACCAGAUGGGAAAAUUCUCUGCUCAAAAACCACUUUUUCUGACCAGUAGUUAUCAGUAUUUGUCAGCUCUGUACUGAUUCUAUUACUGUUCCAUUGCUUAUACUGUACCUCACUCAUGCCACAACUUUCCAGCGAUCUGUGAACCUGUCACCAUUUCUAAUUUGGAUAUUAACUCUAUACCCUCCCUGAGUAGAAUAUGAGCUAGUGGUCCACUGUUAAGUAUUAAAGGCAACAAUGUGUUUAUCAGCAACAAUCAACACGGCAUCAACCUUUUCCUGCAGAAAAUGCUGUUGUAAAGAUUAGAAGUAACUGAAACAAAAAGGUUUAUAUAGACAGAGCUGACACUCAUGUUGCUCUGAGAUGACAUUCACCAAGCUAGCUAAAUCUCUACAGUUACUAGACAGCCAUUGAAUAUUUAAAAAAAAAAAAAAGUUCUUGAACAGGAAAUGUGAACUGGUAUGGUGCAAUGUCCCCUGGCUUCUUAACUUAAAUGGAAAAUUAGCUAUCCUUCUGUCUGGGAGCUUGUGUCAUUUAGCUAUCAGUCAUGUCGACAAGACAUGAUGAUUAACUUGGUUACAAACCAUAUUUUGUACACACUGCUGCUGCCUGACCCAUCUGAAAACUUUCACUUUGAGGAUUUGGUGUUGUUGUGGUAGGUGUGUCACCACAGAAAUUCAUGAAUGGCAGUUGAAGAGACAGCAUCUUGUUUGAUACAGAAGGGAUAUUUCAAUGUAUGUCUCAGUAUUACACAAUGUAAUACUCAUCAGCUCAAACUACGCCUGCUUUUAAAGGGAAACCGUUACAAUACAGAGCAGGAUGGAUGUCAAAAGAUUCCCACAAUGACACUUUGUACCUUGACUUUCCUACAAUACAUUGUUUGAAAUGAGGAUAAUAAAAAAAUCCAACUAUG